UAGCAAAAGAAUGAAAAGCUGAUAAACGUGCUAUAUUUUUGUGCUACAUGGCUAGCAUGAAUCUUAUUAUUUUAAUUUGUUGUCACAUUGUCAGAGAGCAUCAUCACUACCUAUUGAUUGAUCAAGAAAUAUAGGAUAUUUCAUCUACUAAGAAACAGUGCUCGUUACGUCUAGCUCUCCGUAUAUUACGUUAUGCUCCGCGGCCCAUCUAUGCUGAAUCAAGCAUAACAGGUGGUUGUCUUCACGUUAACAUUUCUCCAUCGCUGAAUGAUCGUCGCCUUCUCCCAGCAAGUACUCAUGACAGUCUCGAGACUCGUGUAACCUGUUUUAACUUGUAAGGGUUUGUUGACGAAGGACCUUCGGCAUAAUCGCAAUUAACCUGAGCUGCGUUUGACGACGGCUCUGGCUUUUUAACUUCAAUGUGGGCCAGCAAACUGUAAACGUGAUUUUUCUGAUGAUUGCUCCUGCUCCUCUCAUCGUGAUGCUGUGGAAAGACAGCCAGACACAAUUGUAGUAUUAUGUAGUUGCACUGGAUAUGAUAUUGUGCUACCUGCUGGGAAAUUUAGCUCUUCAGCUCAUAUUUUAUCAAAGUGUUGUGGGAUUCUGGACACCUGAAAGGCGAAAUUAAAGCUAUAGACUAAAAAGACCGGGCACGGCAGCGUAGCGGUGCUUACUGUAUGGGAAUGACAUCCUCUGUCCGCGUCGUAUCCGAUUACCAUUACUCUACGGUGGAAGGACAACCUGUGCAUUUACAUAUUGGUGAUCGGUUUCAGUUAUUGAACAAAACCAGUCCAACCUGGUGGCAUGUGCAAGCUGAUAGUGGACAGUUACCGUUUUAUGUUCCGACGCAUUGUGUGGAGGAAAUUGUGCAUAGCAUUACACUGACGGCGCGGCGAGGUGUUUCCCGGUCGGAGCCGGCACUGCUGGAUCGAAUAGACUCUUUUGAUGACCAAGCAGUGGAGUAUUACUCGGACACCACCACCACGAGCGAUGAAGAACGCGGAGAGUGCUUUGACAACCCCGUUUAUGCACUACCCAACAUUGUGCUAAAUGAGAAUGUCGAUCUGUCCAAAGGCACAUCCGAAGACGAAAAGGGCUCUGACUCGUCUUAUCCUGAAUACGUUAACAUGAAGCAUACCUUACACUCUGCACCUCCUUUUCCUAAUCCAAACGAUGUACCCGUUCGCACGGUCGAAGAUUGGGAGGAAUUCGAAGAUGCACUUGGUCGGAGAUAUUAUUUCCAUCCACGCAGUAACGCAUCGUCAUGGAAGCCCCCUCGAAAAGUGAUGCAGCUACAUAGUGACUCUAAUGUGACACCGAACGUAGAACCAAUUGUGAUGCCUGUUGUUGCGGCGGAAACUGUGCAAUUGCGACUGCAAGGUGAUCUGUCAGUCAACACGGAUUAUCAAGACAGUAUUUCAAACACUCCUGUCAACAACAACAACAUCGCCGUUGUCGAAUCAGAGAGCCGAGUGACAGCGAUUAUCUACAGCGAUCUUCCGGCAUCGCCCAAUCCGAUACCGAAUGGCAGGCCUAUUGGUUCUCUGCGUCGCUUGAUUAGGCCUGGAAAACUAGCGGCGGAUGUUCAAGGUCGGGAUGUGGAAGAUGUGAAUGCUGGCCGAGAUUUGGACAACGAAAAGGAGAAUACCGCGGAGUCAAGCGCACCGAAGGCAGCCACAUUACCGAUACCACCGAAGCGUCCACCGCCCAGUAAAGAUUUCAAUGAAUUACGCCAAAUUAUUGCCAAUAAAAUGUCGCACACGGAUCGGUCGAUUCGGGCCCGCUCAGUGGUUGUGCUAAACGAAGCGCAUCUAUUGGAGCUUGACAAACUUGGAGCUAAACCGGGUGCAAUUAGGAACUCCAGAACACUGCCUACGAUGAUUCUGGGAAAAACUUGGAAGUCGGAUAAGGGUGGGAUUUUACAAGGAUUUCUCAAUGUGACGAAGUUUUCAGAAAAUGGGCGUCGAGUCAAGAAACAGUGGCUACCGGCAUUUGUUGUUCUUAUGGAUAAUUCUUUGGUGGUUUUUAGGCCUCCUUUUGCGUUGGAUCAAUCGCCAGAGAUUAACAUGGAUUUACAUGGUGCGACGAUAAAAUGGUCAAAGGAAAAGUCACAUCGCAAGAAUGUGUUUGAAGUGGCUGCAUCAGAUGGAUCCCAAAUCUUGCUCCAGGAUGAUAACAAGGCCACUUGUCAAGAUUGGGUGAACUGCAUAGUGCAGACAUUGGCCCGUUUACCAGCGGGCAGUGACGAAUUUGUCCCUGUUCGCGUACUUCCAGCCCAGACUGAUCAGACUAGUAGUAAAGUGGAACGGCCGUUAUCCCCGCGUAUUGCUCGCAUUUUAUCACGCACACGAUCGACUAAAACCCGUCCCGACGGCUUUCCUCCCCCCUCCCAGGAGGAACUCGAUCUCCCUGCGGCUGUGAGCGCAGUUGUCAAGAAGAAAAAAUUGCCGACGGAAGAAAUUGCCGUGAGCGAUAUCAAAGUGAAAAAGUUGAAAAUUAUUGAGAGAUUGAAGAAUUUCUUCAGUCGCCGACCAACCCUGGAAAGCCUGAAAGCGAAAGGCAUAAUUCGAGAUGGUCCUGUUUUCGGCUGCAACUUUCUGAAGCUAUGCGAACAUGAGCAGAGUAACGUUCCUGCAUUUGUCAAGAGAUGCGUAACGGCUAUCGAAAAGAAAGAUUUGUGCACCGACGGAAUUUAUCGGGUCAGCGGCAAUUUGUCCCAGGUCCAGAAGCUACGGUUUCAAAUUGAUCAGGAUAAGUAUAACGGGAUGGAGAGCGAAGAGGAUGUUAACGUUCUGACUGGACUUUUGAAAUUGUUUUUUCGCGAGCUGAAAGAGCCGAUGGUCCCUUUUAACCUUUAUGAUCCGUUGAUGAAAGCCAACAAAAUACCGGACAAAUCCCUGCGCGAAAAGAAAUUUAAAGAUUUGGUCAACCAGAUUCCUGGCCCUAAUUGCGAGACACUCCGUUAUCUGUUUCAGCACCUUCACAGAGUGUCUCAGUACGGAGAUCAUAACCGGAUGAAACUGGGAAAUCUGGCCAUUGUCUUUGGACCCACACUCAUGUGGCCGGAAACACCUUCAAUGAACUUAGCCACCGACAUGCUUUGCCAAAAUCAAGUUGUGGAGCAUCUGCUGCUGAAUUUUUAUACGCUGUUCGAGAGCUCUUCGAGUGGGAUAUCAUGAUUGUUGUUAAUACUCCAGUCUUUCACGCGAUCGAUAUGGCUGUGCGUUUAGUUUUGCCUACAAUGUUUUUCCGUUGUUUGCAUGUGCAACCGUUAAUUUGCCUCCUGCGAUGGAUGACCUUCUUAUGAUUUGGGACCUUAAUAGUUGUUUUAAAAGCAAUAGUAUUUUCAUUUUUUGAGUGCUCCCCAAUGCAGCUAUUUUUACAACCAAAGUUCUAUUUGUAAGCGAUGUAAAUAAAGUUUGCUUCAUUGUUC